AUGCCGAAUCCCAUCCGCGAAGACAUCACUACCCGGGAUGAUACAUCCUUCCCCUACAUUUUCGAGCAAAAUGUCACCAUUGCUCUGAAAGAUAAAUCGGGCCUUGUCCGAUGCAACGUCUACCGGCCCAAAAAGCUGGAGAAAGCCCCGGUGCUAGUCACCUACGGGCCCUACGGCAAAGACAUUCCGUACUCGGACUUUCAUCCGAAGUCAUACAGCGAAGUCAACCCUGAGCACCACUCUGCCCAUUCAGCCUGGGAAACUCCCGACCCUGCCUUCUGGACUAAGCAUGGCUACGCUGUUGUCCGGGCGGAUGAGCGAGGCACUGGCCAGUCCCGCGGAAAGUUGGACACCAUGUCCCGUGAAACAAGCGAGGCUUUUUUUGAUGUGGUCGAAUGGGCAGCCGAACAGCCGUGGUCUACUGGUAAGGUAGGACUGCUUGGAAUUAGUUACUAUGCUGGAAGUCAGUGGAGAGUCAGUGCGCGGCAACCCAAGGGCCUGUCGUGUAUCAUCCCGUGGGAGGGCAUGUCCGACUACUACCGCGAUCGCUGCCGACACGGAGGCAUCCUUUCGAACGCUUUCAUCAAGUUCUGGUGGGACCGCCAGGUAGAAGAGUUGGAAGCGAAUCGUCAGGACCAGACGAUCGACAAUGUCAACAAUCGAUUCCGGGAUGAUUUAUACUAUGCCAGUAAAGAGUACACCAUGUCCGACAUUCAGGUGCCUCUUCUGUCUGUCGCCAAUUGGGGUGGAAUUCUGCUGCACUUGCGGGGUAACGUGGAAGGCUGGACUCAAGCAGGCAGCGAGCUGAAGUACCUGCGCUUCAUCACCGGUCGCCACGAUCUGCCAUUCUACUAUUCAGAAGAAGUGGAAAUUCAGCGCAGCUUCUUAGACGCCUUCCUCAAGGGCGAGGAUCGCGCCGGAUGGUCCACCGGAACAGCCCCGAAGGUUGAUCUAGUACUCCGCAAAGGAGACAAGCAAUUCCCUCGUCGCACUGAAAAUGAAUGGCCCAUUGCCCGCACCCAAUACACGCGAUACUAUUUGACUUCCAAGCAAGAGUUGGUCACCACAGCUCCGCAGGAGCGCCCGGUCAAGAUCACUUAUCGUGCUCUUGGUGAUCUGGAGAACCCACAGCUGGUGCAGUUUACCACGCCACCUUUUGAAAGCGAAACAGAAAUCACCGGGCACAUUGUCGCGCAUCUCAAUGUGUCAAUGAGUCCUCAGCCAGGCUCUCCCACUCCGCAAGACAUCGACCUUUUCGUCACGCUGCGGUACAUUUCGCCCGAGGGCAAGGAGGUGUUCUAUACUGGCACGGCGGGAGACCCAGUUCCUCUUUGCAAGGGUUGGCAGCGUGUCAGUCUGCGUAAGACUGACCCGGAGCACCCUCGCCACCGUCCCUGGCUCCCUCAUCGCAAUUAUUACUCCACGGACGUGCUUCCCGUCAUCCCGGGAGAGGUCUACCCGGUCGAUGUGGAGGUGUGGCCGACCAACGUAGUAGUCGAGAAGGGAGGAAAGAUCAUCCUGGAGGUCGCAUCGGGCGACACACAGGGAUGUGGAAUAUUCCAGCACAAUUCUCCUGUAGACCGAUCCCCGGAGCGAUUCCACGGUUUCAACCAUAUCAACUUUGGCCACGGAGAUAACUAUGUCACAUUGCCGAUUAUUCCCCCGCGGGGCUGGCUGGAGGAACUCCGCAGGAAGUAG